AGUGAGCUGCGUGAGGUCAGAGGAGCAACACCAUGAAGAACUUCCUCAGAACUACCGCCAAAUAUCUUAAUUUUCACCGUUAUAUAAAACUGCCAGCAACUCAAAAUGACACCAGGCAGUUAUCUACAAGUUCUAAAUGGGAUGUACCAAUCAGCAUGGCAUAUUCUUCCUUCCAGACGACCUUACCUGAUAAAAUUAGCAACAAGCCGCCAGUGGUCAUUAUGCACGGCCUGAUGGGAAACAAGUUGAACUGGAAAUCAAUAGGGAAGGCUUUGAAUGAGAAGACUGGGAGACUCAUUUAUGCCGUGGAUGCCCGUAACCAUGGUGACAGUCCUCACGCAGCCACUCACAAUUAUCCCCUGCUAGCUGAGGACAUCUUGUACUUCCUGAAAGAACACAACAUUCCAAAAGCUGUACUGAUAGGUCACAGCAUGGGAGGUCGUGCGGUGAUGGCUGCAGCACUGUUGGAGCCUAGCGUUGUGGACAAAUUGAUGGUAAUGGAUAUGUCGCCUAUAAGAGUUUCGGACAGCAUCAAUUAUGUGCCCCGAUUUAUGGACAUCAUGCGAAGAAUAGAAGUACCGGCACAUUUGACCAUACAGGAAGCCCGGACUUACGUGGACGAGCUGUUAAAACCGGCCAUUGUGGAAACAGCCGUUCGUCAGUUUUUACUCACCAACCUCGUUCAAGUUGACGGAGGGUACAAGUGGAGGAUUAAUGUGAAUACCCUCGCUGUGCACUUCCAUCCAUACAUAACCACCUUCCCCAUCCUGGACAAGUACAGAUCCUUUGAAGGAGACACGGCAUUUAUUGCAGGAGAACUGUCGGACUACAUAAGGAAAGAUGAUGAAGAUAAAAUCAUGGAGCUGUUUCCCCAGGCAACGUUCCACUAUAUAGAGGGGGCAGGUCACUGGCUCCAUGUUGACAAACCAAAGGAAGUUAUCGAACUAAUAGUUUCUUUAUUAGAGCCUUAAUGAAGAAACACUAGGUAACCUACACAAAACUGCUAAAAAUGACAAAUGUUAAUUUUUUUGUAAUUUAUAUGUGAUGUAUUGGUUCAAACACAAAUGCAUGUACUGUACAAUACUUGUAUGAUUAAAUUGUGUAUGCAUGUAUUCAUUCACCAUGCAUGCAUUAUUAUAUACAUACAGCUGUAUGUGUACAUAUUCAGGUAGAAUCUCUUGUCAUAAUAAGGAAACCUACAUGUACACACACAUUACAUGUUUACAGACACUCACUCACUCGUGCCCACAGCUCCCCUGUCACAUUUGCUUAAAUAUUGUCAGUUUCCCCUGUCUGUUGAUGUGCCUCAAGUUUUUACUUCACUGAAGACGUUUGGGGUAUGUUGUUUAUAUUAUGGCCCGACACUGAAAAAAUUAACUUUAGUUUUGGGUCUUGGCACAAAAGUGUUUGCUAUUUUUGUUCUUUGUUAAGUUCAACCAAAUUGUCGUAACUGUUCCAUGUACUGUAUAUACAACUGGUUAGUGUCCUUGUUUUGAAAGUGUUUUUAAUGUAUUUAUUUCAAAUGAAAGUUUGUGUGUAAGAAAUGUAGUUAUGUAUAUAUUGCUAAUAAUAAAUCCCAAAGCAU